GCUUGAAGCCCGCGAGAUCCAAAACAACACCGUAGGGGUGCAGACCAGUAACGGGCCUCAAGCCGUCAGUAACAAUAACGAGGGUUGUCCUUCCACUAAGAGUACCGUGUCUAUGAGGCUGUGCUAACAUCCAGAUAACCUCGUCUGAUAAUGCUGCCGCAGCAGAGGCAGAGAGCCUAGCAGGGAUGUGAGUAUUAGCGUUAGCAUAGCAAUUAGCACCCAGAAAUCUCAGCGGAGACUCGGUUACCUUGUCAGCUAAACACCAACUGAAACUGCCUCCUAACAACGGCGGAAUACAAACCGAAGCUCUUGAGUUGAGGAGAGCCUUUGGAUGUUUACACCACCAUGUCUGCGAAGAAAUAUUGUUUACUUCUUGGCUCCCAAGUUUCUUCUGACUCCUUGCCCAAUGCUUCCCCUGAACCUGAGGAAAGUCUCAUCAAUCGGAUUAUUUCUGGAGAUAUAGCCCUGUCUGGACAUCCAUCUUCCAUCAGCCCUAACAAAGUUAUUCUCAUUGUCUGCCAUGAAACAGCAGAGAUUUUAUCAGUAAAUGACCAGGCUGUCAAACUGUUUGAGAGCUCCACUAAGGAACUGGUUGGAAAGAAGCUGUCAUCUGUUUUAAGGAGAACUAAUCAGGUCCUGGAAGAAGCCCUGGAAGAAGAUUAUCAGCUAGCAGAUGGAACCAUUGCUACCCUGUCUGGACAAGUGGUGGAUGCUGUGAGAUUAUCUGGAGAGGUACCGGUAUCUGUGUGUACCUACAGGCAGUCAGAAAAUGAAGACCAGUUGCUUGUGAUGAUGGAAUCUGUGGAGAGGAUAUCAGCCUUUGUCUCCUUUUCCCAAGAUGGUUCUAUCCUAAGCUCUGACUCAGCUUUUGCUCAUCUACAUGGAUAUCACCACCCUGAGGACUUAAAAGGAGUUUCUAUAAAGGAGCUUAUCCCGGCUUUACAAAUUCCCCUCUACAGUCAUGCAUUGCCCAAAAUGCUCAGGGUUCAGAAGGUGUAUGGGAAAAGCAAAGGAGGAGCAUCUGUCCCGCUCUGUGUGAAACUUCAGGGGGCAGCGCUGUGUGGAAAACCACAGACCAACAACCAUGAUGACUGCGCCUCAUCAAGAGACGACUCCCAUCUCCUUUCUCCUGCGAGCAAGAAGAACAUUUCAGAUCAUAGGAACUUCAAAGAGGCUCUCUCUCCAUCAUCCGAAGGCGAAGCUGACCAGACCAUCACCUCUCCCACGCAAACACCAGAGUACUCUGGAACAGUCUGGGCGUUCGCCCCUUUGAGCGGCCUUCUCCUCCUUCGGGCAGACAGUUCAAUCUUCAGCAUUCACAACCACCUGGCCCUUAGCUUGUUUGGAUACAGCAAGGAUGAGCUUGAGGGAAAGAGUGUCGCUUUUCUGAUGCCUGGUUUCUAUGAGUGGAUGUCGGACUCGGACAGAAAAGCCGCCCCCGUUUCUGAUUCUCAGGUGGAGAUGGGCAAAAGUCCAGCCAUGUCUAGAAUAUCAGUGAAUAACGAUCCCUCAUCCCUGGUAGCUGGAGACAUGGCUAUGGUGCAGCAAGCUAUCCUUAAAAAGAGCUCCAAUGGUAGAGGCAGGAUCUUCACUGGAACCAGCUCCAGGCUGGAGAAUCAGGGCAGUUCUCUGUCUACGCUCUCUCUUCCUGCAGUCACCUCCACACAUUUAGUUAUGGCUAAUGACACCACAGUGCUGAUUGAGGAAGCAGCCCGGGCAGCUCCCUGCUCCACCUCGCUGGACGGGGCGGACUCCACCCAGGCUCUCCUUAAGACAUACGCCUGGGUACAAACUCCAGAGGAGGAUACAUGCUGCUCGGUUUCCACCGAUCCAUCCAUCCAAAACAGAGCUGAGCAGCUGGUUAAUGUGAAUCCGGACAGCAUCGUACCUGCUGUCAGGAUUACAGCAGACACUCCUGGUCAAGAUGGCAGAGCAGGUGGCAGCUGUAAUGAGGCGAGAAAUGAUCAUCACUCAUGUCCCUCGGUCCUCCAAGGGUCGAGCUUUGAGAUCAUCUCAAUGGAAAGCAGAUCGUCCUGCGGUUUCUGUGAGAAUUUUGCUGGUCAGGGUGAUCAGGGAGCAGCCCAGGUAGAUAAGUCCAAUCUAGCGCAUCCAGCGGAUUCAGCCAGCUGCUUUGUGGACAUCGACAGCAAUGGAGAUGCAGUAACACAUGCUCUAGCAGAUCUGAAUCUGAACGACGGUGCCGGGCAGCUCGGCAUCCAAAGGUGUACCAACGACUACCUGCAGUCGGUGAUAUCCUGUGAUACAGCCGAGCUUCUAAAAACAGCUUCUCUGGGUGUGGAAGAAUCAGACCAAAAAGCUGAGCCCACUGGUGCUGGAGUAGAGGCUAAGGUUGGUUUGAAUGAAGAGCAAGAUCAGUGGGAAGCGCUCUCUUUGAUUCAUAAAGGGAAGAACCAGGAGUGUUCAGUACAAGCGAAUAGUGGAAUUCAGUCCCAUACAGACAUGCCUGCCACAUCAACACCUAAAAAACAGAAGAUAAAUGGACAAGACCUGAUCUCAAACACUACACAGAUACUAGAGGGACAGUUUGUAGGAAAUGGAUACCACAGAGAUGGCUCAAGAGUAGAUGUGCAGUGUGACGUUUGCAGGACUAACCUCUCUGAUGGAAACUUCAUGUUCUGUGUGUGGAUAAAAAGAUCAAACCAGCAGGGGGCACUGUUGCAAACAGAGUCCUCGAUUCACAACCAAUCAGGAACAAGUCCAGCAAAGAGGGCGGGUGAUGCCGGUCAAGGAGAAGCGCUGCGCUCCACUCUGGAUCUUGAACAUUCUCGGGCCUGUGACGGGCAGUUUGAAGAAGAAUACCAACCAAUCAAAGCCGUGGGGAAAGGAGCAUUUGGUUUUGUCUGGAAGGCAAUAAGACGCUCCAACGGACAAGAAGUCGUAGUGAAGUUUAUUAACAAAGCAAGAAUAAUGAGUGACUGCUGGGUGGAUGACCCGAUGCUGGGAAAAGUGAGCCAGGAGAUUGCCAUAUUGACCCGAGUCCAACACCAUAACAUUGUGAAGGUGACAGAGGUGUUUGAGAAUGAGAGUUUUUUCCAGAUGGUGAUGGAGAAACAUGGAGAUGGUUUGGAUCUUUUUGAAUUCAUAGACAUGCAGCCAAGGCUGGAUGAGCCGCUGGCCAGCUAUAUCUUUAGACAGAUUGUGGCAGCUGUUUUCUAUCUGAGGACCAAGAACAUCAUUCACAGGGACAUAAAAGAUGAAAACAUCAUAAUUGACAAAUGUUUUCACAUUCGACUGAUAGAUUUUGGUUCUGCUGCCAUACUGGCUCCAGGGAAGCUGUUCUAUAACUUUUGUGGGACGCUGGAGUAUUGUUCACCAGAAGUGCUUCAGGGAAAUCCCUAUGAGGGUCCCGAGCUUGAGAUGUGGUCUCUGGGCGUUCUGCUCUACACUCUACUGUUCAGUGAGAACCCAUUCUGUGAUGUAGGGGAAAUCCUUGAAGCCAAACUAAGGCCUCCCUUCCCCCUGUCUCCAGAGCUGCAUGCCGUUUUAAGAGGCCUGCUGCGCUCCAAUCCAGCAAAGAGGAUGACUUUAGACCAGCUUCUGUUGCAGUCGUGGAUCAGCCAGCCCAUUUCCCUCGUAGAAUACAGCUGGACUGAGGUUGUUCCUUCUUCUCAGAGCUUCUGUUCUCCACAGAAUCGGGACCCUAGUCCGACUGAAUACGUCAGCCCAAGUCUGUUCCCAGAUUAUGGUGACGAGACUCUGUCAGAGGAAGACGAGGAAGAGAAUCAGUCAAUGGUGGCCCUGGAAACUGAGCUCCAAAAGUACCUCUCUGGGGAUUGAUUACUAGAUUUAAAAUGGCAGCAGCCUAACAGUCUGUCAGACAUGAAUAUCCUAGUUACAACACAAGAAAAAAUAAGCUUUUUAAAUGGACAUUUUUUUAGAGCAAUUCAUUUUUGUUAGUAAUUAGAAAGAUUUUAAUGAAUAUGUAUAUAUUUAUAUUUUUUUAUAAUCAGCUUUUCACAGUCUCCCUCCAGUCAUAGUUCAUGAUCCUUUAGGAGGAGAUGAGGUGAAGCUAUAAACAGAAGAACCUAAAUCUCUUUAGAUUUAUUGUUUGAUUUCAUUUUCUGAAAUUGUUUUUUUAAUACAUUUUGUUCCUCUUUGCUAAAAAAAAUACAUCUAGCGUUGUAAUCAUAGAUUCUCAGCUUUCUAUUUUUUUAUUAAUUUAUUUUUUUUGUGAAUUACAGCUUUUUAAUCAGAAUUUUAAUCUUGAUGUUUGGAUAUUUUAAUGACAUGUAAAAACAUCUAAAACACUUUUUGUAUUUAUUUU